GUGCACGGGAGCGCGCUCCUCGGCGCGGGAGCGCGCCCCGGGGAGAGCCGGAGCAAGAUGGAGGCCGCGCAGAGGACGCCGCCUGGGCCGAGGCAUCCGCUGCCUAGAGCACCUAGCCCCGGCGCUUGAGCCCUGCCGGUCCCGGAUCAGCCGCCCCGAGCCGGCCCAGCUCCCGCCCCGCAGCAGCCCGGUGGUCAGUCCUGGGCCGGCGGCCCCCCACCAGCAGCCGCCGCCGGCCCCGCCCCCGGGCACCAUGCUGCCCUCGCAGGAGGCCUCCAAGCUCUACCAUGAGCACUACAUGCGGAACUCGCGGGCCAUCGGCGUGCUGUGGGCCAUCUUCACCAUCUGCUUCGCCAUCAUCAACGUGGUGGUCUUCAUCCAGCCCUACUGGGUAGGAGACAGCGUGAGCACUCCCAAGCCUGGCUACUUCGGCCUCUUCCACUACUGCGUGGGCAGCGGGCUAGCGGGCCGCGAGCUCACCUGCCGGGGCUCUUUCACCGACUUCAGCACCAUCCCGUCCAGCGCCUUCAAGGCGGCCGCUUUCUUCGUGUUGCUUUCCAUGGUGCUGAUUCUCGGCUGCAUCACCUGCUUCGCUCUUUUCUUCUUCUGCAACACCGCCACUGUCUACAAGAUCUGCGCCUGGAUGCAGCUCUUGGCAGCCCUGUGCCUCGUCUUGGGCUGCAUGAUCUUCCCUGAUGGCUGGGACGCCGAGACCAUCCGGGACAUGUGCGGGACCAAGACAGGAAAGUACUCCCUCGGGGACUGUUCGGUGCGCUGGGCGUACAUUCUGGCCAUCAUCGGCAUCCUCAACGCGCUCAUCCUGUCCUUCCUCGCCUUCGUGCUGGGCAACCGGCAGACUGACCUGCUGCAGGAGGAGCUCAAACAGGAGAACAAAGAUUUUGUAGGCACCACAGUAAGUUCUGUGUUGCGGCCAGGAGGUGAUGUCUCUGGAUGGGGAGUCCUGCCGUGCCCUGUUGCUCACACCCAGGGACCCUGAACCCCAGGACGGUAGCCCAGGAGUUGGCCCGACCUCGGCAUAUUCCGUCUGCUGCCCCUCUCAUUCCUGUGGUCAAGCUCCAGACCCCAAUCUCUGACUGACUGCGCACAACUCCAGGCUGGGAAGAGAGGUGGGGGUGGGGCGGCAGCCUGGCAGAAGGCAGAGGCCCCUGAGAUCCUGAGAGAGCCUGAUGCUGGCCCUGCCUCCAAUUUGACCUAAGGGAGCCUGGGUCUCCCUCUCUGGUCCUUCGGUUCCCUUCUCCUGUGUAGACUAGCUGGAGGUCCCCGAGGAUCCCCAGGGGAAGGCAGCCUUGCAGCGUGCGCUCCUCAGACCCCUUCAGUCUGGAAGCCUGCCUGUGCGUUCUUGCCUCCCCAGUCCUGGUCUCCUCAGAGACACAUUCAAGACACGGCCCCAGGAGGGCCAGACUUUUUCCUACUUUAUUUUUAUCUGCUGAUGAUGGUCCCACCACAUCUACCACAAAGCUCCAGGUGCCACCAGCCCCACCCACGGGGCCUCUUCUGACUCCCUCAUUCAAGCCUGCUCCCAGCUCUCAGAGGAACCUGAGCCGUGCUGAGGGAGAAAAGAUAGGGUCUUCCUCCCCACUGCUGGUAGCCCCUCAUCACCUCAGAGCCUGAGGGGAGACACAGGCUCUGGAGGCUGUGGGAGGAGACAGCUGAUCACAGCCGCUGGAGUUUGCCAGCUUCCCAGCCUGGGGCUGGCCUGGCCUCUUCUCUACUGGGAUAUCUCACCAGUGACUGAACCCUUGACUCUGGCCUGUUUUGUACAGCAUAGACUUCCCCGGCCCAUGGUCAGGGUUCGUGGCUGUGGAGAGGAGGCUCAGAGGUGGAGUUAAGGGAUACCUCUCUGAUCACGCUUCCUACACCUUGGACAUCUGCCAAGGGCAGAGACUGUCUUGCGUCUUUGAUACUUUUCUGCCUAACUUGAACUUGCAGGUCACCUCUGAACAGGGUACCCUUGUCCCCACCCCAGGCCCUGUCACCCUGUCCCUGACUCUUUCUCCUACUUGGCCACUUCUCGCCUUGCGAUAUGCCCAGGGUCUGCAACCUCAUGGGCAGUGCUUGGAGCUGAGGUGUGUGUGUGUGUGUGUGUGUGUGUGUGUGUGUGUGUGUGUGUGUGUGGUGUGUGUUAGGGAGGGGCAGGUGAGAAGAUCUCGAUUCUUUUCCCACUGUGGGGGGUACUCCCUCCCCCUUAGCAGAGAGAAAAUAAGGGAGAUUCCAGGUGGGUUUUUUGUUUUGUUUUGUUUUGUUUUUGUGUUUGACCAUCCUUGGUUACCUUAUAGAUCUGGUGGCAGAGCCAUCUAGUCAUGGACGAGCCUUCCGUCCCCAGUGGAGGGGUGGCAGACUGGCUUCAUCUAGCAUAAUGUUUUCUGGGGCAUGGCCUGCUGCCUGGUCCCUGUGUUGAGGAGUGUGUGCCCCCUAUGGGCUUCCCAGGAGGCUUAGCGCUUCCGUGUGUCACGUGGGCCUCAGCCAGAGUUGGAACGGCGGCUAGUCCACAAAUUUGCCGUCCUUGUGUUCAUUUUCUUAGGACUUGGAGCUGUGAGUUAGGAUUCCUGAGCAAGACCCAUGGCCCAAGGCUGCCCCAUCAGGACCCUGACUGGAAUCUGAUGCCGGUUCCGGGAAGGAUUCCUGACACCUGGAAUUUUCUAGACCCCAUCUCCACCUUUCCCCCUCUUUCCUCCAGGCCAGAUACCUCCUCCUCAGCUUUGGUCACUGCCCUUGUGUCUCCCCACACUGGUCCCCGCCUCGUCCCUUCCUGGAGCCACAGCACUGGAGCUGUCUCCCUCGGCAGGUGCCCGGGUGGCUGACUAGCCAUGGACUGGGGGCGUGGGGGACUUGUGUGAAGGAGAAGGGAGGAGUCAGUCCCUCAGAUUCAAACCGGAGGAGAGAAGGUCCCGGUCGUGACGAGAGGGGCCGGGAGUGGGUAACUGACUGGGAACUAGGCAAGUGGGAAGCAGGAGCAGAGCCAGGGAAGCCAAGAUGAGACGGACAGUCAUGGCGAAGGAGGGACGACGGUGCCGAGUUCAAGGAGGGGUCUAGAGAGACACACACCGUGAUGGAGAAAGGGAGGUCAAGAACCGGAGCGGGGCUUCCACGGGGGCGGGGAGGCAGUGGAUGAAGAGGAACUGGAAGUGGGAGAUGGAGGUGUGAUCUGCAAUGAACAAGAAUAAAAUGUAGAGAAGAGAGUGGGCAGGAGGAGAGGGAAGAAGAAAUGCUGGGGGGCGGGGUGAGGAGGGCAGCCGUGUGGAUGCUUGAAGAGUCUGUGCCUCUGAGGACACCUGCUGCCCGGGAGGCCCCUGUGCUUGGGUGGACAGGCUAGAAUUGACCCCUUGGAGGCCAAGUGACUGGAGGUCUGUGGUCCAAGCAUCCCUGGUCCUUUGUGGAGGAGUGUGUGUGUGUGUGUGUGUGUGUGUGACAGAGAGAGAGAGAGAGAGAGAGAGAGAGAGAGAGAGAGAGAGAGAGAGAGAGAGAGAGAGAGAGAGAGAAUUAGCAGAUCAGGCUGUGUUAGCAGUAGGGUAAUCCAGAUGAUGGGGAGGUAGGAAACUAAUUCUUUUUUGGGAGUAGUUUAACAGUGUUCCAAUGCCCCCUCCAGCCACCCAGCUACUGCCCAGCACUUUGAGAUGCAUCGUGGAGUUUCAGGGUGAUGGGCUUAAGUCUGCAGGAGCCCCAGUGUGACGUGGGGAAGAUGAGAGGCAGUAUAGGGACUUAGAAGAGGUGGGGACAGGGAGAAUGGACGCUUCCUCCGGGAACUCAGGGGGUGCUCUGACAGAUCUCCUGACAGUUAGGGCAGGUGAGCUGGUGUUAGCCUUUGGGGGAAAGGAUAGGCUAUGAAGAUCAACAUCUCUGUUUCUGAUCACCAACCAAGAGCUUCCUGGUGUCAGGUCCCUGAAAGUUCUCAGCCGGUUGUGACUGGACAAGGAUGCUGGUAUUACUGACUUUCUUUGCUCCUGGCAGAGAGCGGAGAGGGCAGUCAUAACCUCGAGGUGGUCCAGUCUCUAGCCCUCAGCAUUGGUUGGACCAGUCCUUGGGGCUGUGGCAAGUAGAAGGCUCCCCUCAGAGGACCACAGCUACGGAGGAAAGCCUUCCUAAGGGCACAAGGAUGUGGGGAAGAUUGGCAUCCUUCUGGGGCCUGCAGAAGCCGAGAUGGCAGCUUGCGCCUGGAGCUCUGGGUAAGGAGCCCAGGACCUUUAAAGAAUCCCACCUGAGCACAGAGGGGACUAGCCCUUCUCCAGCCUCUGGUGUGAAAAGGGGGAAACCCUCUUUUUGGAGGGGCUGGGCUCCUUCGAGCACAAGAGGCUGCUUCUGUGGGUUCUUGCCUGGCUCAGAGCUAGCUUUUGGGUGGGACUGGAAUUUUCCUGAGAUGUGAGCAGGAGCAGCCAGCCCUCCCGAGGACUCUGACAGCCCUCCAAGGACCUGUGCUGUGUGUUAGGAUAGAUUGAUGUCGUCUACACCCCAUUAGUAAGUUCUGUCUGAGUGUGUCCUUGAUGUUCAUUGUCUGAUUCGGUGACAUUUCUUUUGGUCCUGACCCUUCUGCUGCCGCCGGAUUUGAGCUUCAGUGCAGGUGGAAUGAUGUUCAAAUAAAGACACAAUUUAUAUCACCCAUGCUGGCUGUUGCUCCUGAAUCACGACCCUGGGCCUCAUGGGUGGGCUAUAACCCAACCCUUUGUAUCAGUGGCUGCAAAU